UUCCUAUUGUAUUUUGUCACAUUCAUCUGUCGUAAAGUCUGCACCUUUAACGGGUGUAAUGACAAGGGUAUGCCUAAAAUAGUCUUCAUUUUCGUUUAAUUUAAUUAUGGCUUCCUCUAUGGGAUAAUUAAAUUACAAGAACAUGGCAGAACUGAAACGAUUUACAACGUUUGGUGAAGGUGCGUCCGUGCACGUGUAUUCUGACGGUAAGGAAUAUGUUCUGCACGGUGCCCAAGGAGCCAGGCCGCUGUCUGUUUACAGUGAUGAUGGUCAAUUGCUAUCAAAAGUUGGAAAACAGCAAAUCCCACAGAAACCAUCCGAUGAAAUCAUUGUUGUUAUUGAUGAAGAUACAAACGAGAAAACGGCAUUCAUGUACGGUAAGCCCACCUCAAGAGAAAAAAGUAUGGCCUUCUCUAACGAAGCCUUUGUGGAAGAUGAGUCGGUUUCAGGUCCCUCUACGUCUCUAGCUGGAUCAACGGGGAAAGGUUCGUCAUACAGUGGUUACUCAUAUUCAGAUUAUCCUGAGUUGAAACCGAAGCGUUUAUCGUUAUCGAGUUGUUUUCUUAUCCUCAUAACUCUCAUCGCCAUUGUCAUCUCUGUGUACAUGAUCUGGUACCUUAACGAAGACAACAAAGGAGUCAUACAACCGCAAACGACAGAGUUUGUAUUUACGUUACCCCUUCCACAAACACCUAGGUCAACGAUUGUGCCAGAGUCUACAACACAAACUUCAGGAUCAACUCAACAAUCCACCACAUCUCCAACGAUAGAAAGGACAACAACAGAAAGCAGGGACACAGAAGAAACAGAGCAAUCUACCUUAGGAUCAACAUCAGAAACAUCAGAUGAACCCAGUACAAUAAAUCUUGGAACAGAUACUACUGUAUCUCCCAAUACCAAUCCAACAGAAGGCACAGAUACAACUGAAAUGCCUCUCAAUACAGAUUCAACGCAAGACACUUCUUCAACUCAAGUGCCUAUCCAUGCAAAUUUAACUCAAGGCAGCACCUUUUCAACUCAGGUGCCACAGUUUUCAACUACAGCAAUGCUCAAUACAGUUGAUCAUAUUACCAAUGCAACUGCAUCAGAAUCAAGUGCUUCAGUUAGCACAACAAUAAAAUCUUCAACAAGUUCAAAAGACAGUAAUCGUAGUUCAACUUUAUCAACAUCACUGUCUUCAAUAACAACAACAUCAACAAGCACUGUAGCUAACACAGGACAAACAACUUUAACUCAUGCCAUAUCAACGACGCAGCCUUCUACAUCGACAAAGAAAAGUGAAACUUCUCAAUCUACAAUUCAAGUGCCCUUGACAACGCAAUCUUCAAAUACAAGUACAACAGACUAUGUAACUAGUAUUACUGCAACUACAAGUCAAACCAUCCCCAUUAUACAGUCAACCACAACGCCAAGUACAGAUAACAUUGUAUCUAGUUCGACAACAAAAUCUUCAACCGAAUCUUCUGCUACAAUGACUACAGAAUAUACAAGUACAGACUCCGAAUGAAAAACAA